AUGCCAGGGGAGAGUCCAGCAAAGAGAAAGAUUGAAACUGAAGAAUCUUCCAGUCUAAAACGCACGAAGCUGAUUGGGCAUGAGGAUCUCAAAACGACAAUUAUUAACGAAGUCAAAGAGGUCUUUGAAGAUCGCAUUGCUCGAUUGGAAUCACGAGUCAAGUUUUUGGAGGAUGAAUUGGAUUUGAAGGAUAAUGACUCUAGCACUGCCGAUCUGGGAAAUUCUAACGAAGCUGAAUUCACGUACACUGAAGAUGAUAACAAAUCUGCCAAAAAGAACUCGCCUCCCCCACUACCCCCUAGAGCUACAUUCGGAGAAACGCCUUUUCGAUUCAGCUCUACCAAUGGUAAUAGCGGAACUAGUGACACCAAGAUCGAAGCUAACUCCGUUAAAUCCAGCGCGAAACCCGUAUUCGGGGCCACCACAUCAUUCGGAAACAUGAACAAAAAGCAAAAUUUGGGCAUUCAAAAUUCUGCGAAAACGAUUACGCCGGCAGCAGCAACAUCAUCAUUCGGCACUUUUGGGUCGAAGUCACGUUUUGGGAAUGCGUUUCAAGAAUCAUUGAAACAAAAGUCGUUUUUGGAUAAUUCCAAUAAUGCUCCUGAUGAUGAUGGUGGUCCUAGAGCAGAUAGCAAGGACGAAUCACAAACAAGCACUACAACUCAACAGUUUAAACAAGUUGAUUUGAACCCUGUUGAGCAGACCACAGGCGAGGAAGACGAAACUUCGUUAUUCAACUGCAACGCGAAGUUAUUUGAGCUACAGUUUGCAAACAUGGCAGAAGGCUGGAAAGAAAGAGGUGCGGGUCCAUUGCAUUUGAACCAAUCAGUUCACGACCCAAGCCAAGUUAGGAUAGUUAUGAGAUCUCAUGGAUUGUUGAAGGUGAUUUUGAACUACAAAAUACUAAAAACAACCGAAGUUCUAGAGGGCUUAGAAGCAAGCUUGGCCCCAGGGAAAUAUCUUCGAUUCAAUUCAGUUUCAGAAGGGAAGCCAAUACAGUACUUGUUGAAAUUUGCUAGCCAACAAGUAAGGGACGAUUUGAUCAAGAAUAUCGAUGAAUUAAAGUCAAAGAUGUAG